GCAUUCCACCGGCCGGCCAUUCUUCGACUUGGGUCAGUUGUGCCCUUCUCCUCCAGACCUCGACAACCACCACCACCAACACCACCACCACCACGGGCCAUACAGUCUUCGAUUUGAUCGCGAAUGAUCUGGGCAAGCCACACUCGUGACAUCCACCAUUUUCCAAAGAUCAAGCAAUCAGCAGCACCCACGCUCCACAAUCCUACUUCUCCGGGCUAUUACACACCACCGUCGUCGCACUCUGUCUGUCACCGGUCGAUCGCGCAAAGCUGCGCCCGCCGCCACACACCAUGUCGACGCAACAGCAGGCCAUGAUCAUGGACACCAUUGUGUCCAUAAGGAAGACGCUGAAAAGGAAAGCUUAUGAAUCCGACUCCGACUCGUCAAUUGACCACAACACGAACCGAGGCUACAAGCUCAAGAAACGCGCACGAUUUGUCAAGCAAGGCCGUCUUGCCAACGCAAAUGGACCAGCCGCCUACAAGGAGGUGGCCGAACAUGCGGGCUAUCAACGCGCCAUCAUCAACCAGAACCCGCCCCUCAUCGACGAGGACGGCUACGAUAUCGAUAGUGACGAUAACGAAGAGCGCGUCCAGGAGGCAAUCAGCGCUACCAUGGAGGAGAACCCAUACGCUUCGAUCCGGUUAGAACAACUCCUCGCGCCCCUUACAUCCGUCACCGACCUACCGAAUCACCCGACCCUGUCGCGACCAUUCAAAUCGAAAGCCCUUACCGAACUCGUACACCAGGCCGCCGCCCUCAGCCGAAGAGAAAAUGUUGCCUUGUGGAAGGUCAAACCGCUGCUUACCAAAUUCGUCGGCGACAACUCGUGGGCGCCGUGCGGCAUGAUGAUUGAGUCGACUGACCAUGAUCUCUUUGAGGAUACCUCAAGUUUCAUCAAAUGGGUCAGCAACUGGAUCCCGAAUGCUGCUGACGCCGUGUCAGCUGGCAACCAUACCAAGGCGACCGAGAACGGGCCUGUUAGUGGCAACAACAAUGAGGCAUCGGCCUCGAAACCAAAGGAGUCUCGCCAGACAAAUGGCGACAGUGGGGAUAAGCCUCUACCAGACUCAGUCCCUGACGAUGAACAGCUUCCCGAUGCCGACGCAAAUCCUGACGAGACGAAGGGAGCUGAAGAGGGCAGCGCGCCAAAGGUCAACGGAAAGAAGACAACAGAUGAAGAUGUUGAGAUGACCGAACCUACAGAAGCAACCGAGUCAGCGACCAGCAAUUCCAAGACGGAGGCCCCGCAACCCAACGGCGAAGCAAGCAGGGAGCCCGAACAAGCGCAGCCGGAGACGGUGCCCACAGAAACGACCGCACAAAACGUAGAUGAAAGCACGAACGCAGAUCAACCGGCACCGGCACCGGUAUAUGGACAGACAGUGCCAGCAACGGCUGCAUCUAAAGACGUGGAAAUGGCCAAUGCGCCCAACGGUGAAACUGGCAAGGAAGCAGCCGAACAUCAACCAGCAGUCUCAGGUGCCGAGCCAGAGACGAACCCAGAUCAACCGGGGCACAACCUGGAGCGACAACAAACAGACAAAGAACCUCAAGGGGAGGGGGUCGUUCAUGGUGUAGAGGAUUUGCGAGCCAAGCCUAACGUUCAACGUAAUGCUGCGCUCAGCACCGCGGCAUCAGUAGCGGCACUCCAGGAAUUUCUUGAAGAACCAUACAUCCAUCCCAUCUUCCUCGCCCCACGAACUUCGCAUCCAGACCGCGACUUUGGCCUCCCCGAGCAAGAAGCCGAAGACGUCCGCCGCCUGCUCCAGCUGUACGUGCAGAAGCAGGAAGAAGUCUGCCGCGGCACCCGCAAGCUAUACGAGGGUCUGCGCAAGGCGGAUAGGUACCGACAAACGGUGCUCUCGUGGGCCAAGGCCGAGGCUCACAGCGGACCCAACCGCGACAUGUCGGACGGCGAGGACUGGUACGACAAGGAAGAGUGGGGGUUGACAGAAGACCUGAAGAAGGGAGAGGAUGAGGUGGAGGAGGAGACGGCCGUGACGCAGAAGAAGACGAGGAACCGGAAGUAAGCAAAAAGACCUCAACUGCGAACCUCUCUUACCUCACACCUCGUUGGCUAUUUGUGGCUUCUUUUUUUUUUUUCAGUUAUUUCUAUGACUUGUUGACUGUAUAUAUGGCAGGCGGUCCUGAAAGGACUUUGUUUUUGUUAUCCAUGAUGAUGUUGUAUGUCUGGCGUAAUUUGGCUGGCUGGCGGGAGCUGCAUGAUGGAUGGCUUAGAGAAAACGGAGUUGUGGGUGGGCGGUAUGCUGCUGGGUCGGGUCGGGUCGGGUCUGGGAGUUUGGCGCAACAGGUGAAUAUGAAAGAGACAUGGGAUUGGAUCGGAUGUCUACGCAAGGAUACUGCCCCUUGGAAGACCUGGGGUGUAUGAGCAACACGGAAAGGUAUAGAAGCGAUUCCGGCGGAUCUGACUGCCCUCCUUAUAAUGAUCGGGCCGACGCUCUAUAAGUGUUAGAACUGUAGGCUUUGAUAGUCAAGGUAUCGAUCAACAAUGAUAUAUAAGAUGGUGGCAAUCCCCAAAAGGAACUCCGUAUUUCACUAUUUCCAUACAAGUCGCAUCUCUGGUACUGAAGAACAUGAGGCCGCGAGGACACUGAUUGAGUUCGUGCUGCAGGCGUAUCUAAGAGGAUUGAGGAACAGUUUGUUGUAUCACGGUUGCAUUCCGCAUGUUGUGCGUUUAUGGUGGCUUGUGGGUUGAGGUGAAAGAAGAUUCAAAGAAAGACGGGUGGUGGGGAAAAGGAGGGUGGUAGACGGAAAGAAAGGGGCGGAGGAGAGAAGUGG